GCGGCAGGUGGUUGCGCUCCCCUGCCCGAGCCCCGGCGGCGGUUCGGGGCGCCUCCGGUGUCCGCGGUCCGGCGUCGCCUCGGAGGGGCUGGGAGAGGGAAGGGGGGCGGCGGGGGCAGGCAGCGCGUCGCUCGGGGCUGCGGCGAAGCGGCGUCGAGCCCCGCCGCCCGGCUCUGGUGCCUGUAUACCGUGAGGGGGGCUUCUUCAUCCUUAGAGCAGAGAGGCCCGCGCCGCUUCCUUGAGAGGCACAGCCUGAAACCGAUCGCACGCUGAGGUGUUUCCUGCAGACGCUCGCUUUAGGUUGCGGUCCUUUAGCAGCGAAGACAGUCCUAGUCCCAAGCGACAACGCCUUUCCCAUUCAGUCUUUGACUAUACAGCAGCAUCACCAGCCUCAUCACCGCCAAUGCGACCAUGGGAGAUGACAUCAAAUAGGCAGCCUCCUUUGGCUCGGCCCAACCAACACCACUUCUCAGGGGAACGAUGCAACACACCUGCACGAAACAGAAGGAGUCCUCCUGUUCGACGUCAGAGAACAAGGAGAGAUCGCCUGUCUCGACAUAAUUCCAUUAGCCAAGAUGAAAACUAUCACCAUCUCUCUUAUGGACAACAGCAAGCAAUAGAAGAGCCCCGAGCCUUUCACCCACCGAAUGUAUCUCCUCGUAUGUUGCACCCAGCUGCUCACCCACCACAGCAAAAUGCAGUGAUGGUUGACAUUCAUGAUCAGAUCCAUCAGGGCACAGUUCCUGUCUCAUACACAGUGACAACAGUGGCUCCACACGGGAUACCACUUUGCACAGGCCAGCACAUCCCAGCCUGCAGCGCACAGCAGGUUCCAGGGUGCUCGGUGGUUUUCAGUGGACAGCACCUUCCAGUUUGCAGUGUACCUCCCCCUAUGCUUCAGGCAUGUUCGGUCCAGCACCUACCAGUACCGUACGCAGCAUUUCCACCCCUCAUUUCUAGUGACCCAUUCCUUUUGCAUCCUCCUCAUCUCUCUCCACACCACCCUCCUCACUUGCCUCCUCCAGGACAAUUUGUUCCUUUCCAAGCACAGCAGUCACGGUCGCCACUUCAAAGGAUAGAAAAUGAAGUAGAACUGCUUGGUGAACAUCUUCCUGUAGGAGGUUUUACGUAUUCUCCCUCAGCCCAUCCACCAACAUUGCCUCCCUCAGCUCCUCUCCAAUUCUUAACCCAUGAUCCUUUACACCAGGAGGUGUCAUUUGGUGUUCCGUACCCACCGUUUAUGCCUCGAAGACUCACAGGGCGCAGCAGAUACCGCUCGCAGCAGGCAAUACCACCACACCCAUACCAUCCUAGCCUACUACCUUAUGUGCUAUCAAUGCUUCCAGUGCCACCUGCAGUUGGACCGGCUUUCAGCUUUGAGUUGGAUGUGGAAGAUGGAGAGGUAGAAAACUACGAGGCACUGCUGAAUCUGGCAGAACGUCUGGGAGAGGCCAAACCACGAGGACUGACAAAGGCAGACAUUGAACAGCUCCCAUCCUACAGGUUCAAUCCAAACAACCAUCAGUCAGAACAGACAUUGUGUGUGGUGUGCAUGUGUGAUUUUGAGUCAAGGCAGCUACUUAGAGUCUUACCCUGUAACCACGAGUUCCAUGCCAAGUGUGUCGAUAAAUGGCUAAAGGCAAAUCGUACCUGCCCAAUUUGUCGAGCUGAUGCUUCAGAAGUGCAUCGUGAUUCAGAAUGACCAAUCUAAGAGCACAAAUCUGGUUUGGAUGUUCCUGGUCACGUGUAUAUAUGAACUAUCUAUUGAACUUACCCAUGUGGCUUCCAGCCUUUCCCUUUCCACAAAAGGGUCAAUGGACCUUACUUUGCACUGUGUGACUUAAUCAAUUAAAAAGCUUAAAACUAGUCUUCACAGUUACGGGAUUGUUAUACUAGCAGUGUGAUUGGAACUCCAAAGAUUUUUUUCUUUAGCUUAAUUUUGUGUGUGCACUAACAUUCCCUGGUUUUUGUGUGAUCAUUCCGAGUGUUGCUGCGAGAUUACUGUAGACGUGAUCUUUUAGCAUGUGCUUUUAUAUAAAAUAAAAAGAAAAAAAAGUGGUAGCUCCAAACAAUAUAGCAAUCUACCUUAUAUAGAGCCUUCAGAUACUGUGAGUGGGAAUGAGUGGUGUGAACGUGUGUUUGUCAGUGAGAGGAUGUAUGAAGCGUGCUUGUGACUGAGUGUGCAUGUGUGUUUGAGAACCUAUAUACCAGCAUGUACUGAGAACGUAUGUGUGUAGUAUUAAUUAUGCUGCAAUGUAUAAUCUUGUGUGUUAUUUAAACAGUACUAGUACUGUACACUGGUUUCUUUCCUUGUGUUUGCAGUUGCACACUGAAUGUGAUGGGUGCAGCAAUUACAGACAUUUAGUAUUUCCUCCCCAGCGUACUUAGAGGUAUAAAGACCUUUCUACCUACCGUUCAAACAAGCGGUUAUGCUUCCCCUUCAUUGGAGGCUUUAAGUGUGUACCACAAAAGAGUGCAUUGAUUGUUCACACAUGAGUAACCUUGUUUUACUAGCAUAUGUUACAAAGUCCAGAUUUUUAAAUUGCUGAUUUACAAGUUAUUUUAUCACUGUAAAGUUGUAAUAUCGCACAAAUCAUUUAGCAAUAUUAGCAUUUUGAAUUAGUAAUUUGAAUAUCAAUGUGUUUCUGUUCUCCCUUUCAGUUUUUCUAGCUGGGUUAUAAUUGCAUUCGGUUGAUUUCAGAUUAGAGUUAAGUUUUGAAGAUGCUGCGGUUACGUGCUUCUUUCAUGAAAGGAAGCAGAAAGGACGCUGAGGGUCUUGUGCAACAGCUCUUCAUUUUUCACCAUUGUACUUGCUAAGUACGUAAUCUUUUAGCUUUUAAACAUUGGCUUUAAUCAUACACAUUCUUUGUCAUUUACUAGGGAGUUUGUAUACAAUUAAAAUAACUUGUAAGAGGUUACAAUUUUAUUCCUGCAACUUCAUGAAUAAAAUAAAAUUUUUAGCAUUUUCACAGAGAAGUAGAACUUCUGAUUUUUUUUCAUUGCAUCACAAAAGAGGGUGGUUUUUGGUCACUCAUUGCAGAAUUCAGUUGCCCUGAUGCUGCUUCUUGUCCCUCCUUAUUUACGUGAUGAGUGUAAUAUGAAGAAGGAACUCCCUUGGUUUUUGCAAUCGAGUUUCCAGAGUGCUCCACUGUAGGAUAAAAUGGGAACACCUUCCAGAAGAAAGUGCUGUUAAACAGGAGGUAACCUCUAUUCAACUGUUUUCUGAAUAGUAUUUUCUCUGUGCUUUCGAAGAAAUUAGUUUCAUUUAUAACAUUUCAGACUGUUAGCAUCUUCAAGAUGUUUCACCAAAAUAUUUAGGUCCACGUAUACCAUAGUUAUUCAAAGGAUGCACUUUUUACAUCAAAAUGCUUCUCCUAAGUUCAGUGUCAUUACUUUGAUUGCAGCAGCACAAGUGGCACAGUUAGCAGUAUUGCUGUUACUUGCUGCCAGUCUCAGCUUUAAGUUUAUUCUUUGUCACUUCUGAUGUUUUUGUAUGCUGCUGUGCUUUAGUGUCAGUUAUAAUUUCAGACAGUGUUACAUGUUCUCCGUGCUGCUUGCCCUCUUUGAGUAUUCCACAGACCAGUCACAACUCGUGGUGCAAAUGAAAUAAAAGCACAAUUUUGCCCUUUUAUUUCAGAUGAUCUUGCUUCCAUUUAGUUAUGCAGGUAGUUCUCAAAAACACUGAGUCUUUCCAUUCCUAUUCAUACCUAAGAACACUAACUAAACAAAAAUUUGCUGUUACAUCAAACUCAAAAUGUUAGAAUUUCUUCUCUCUUCCAGAGGAGUUAAAGAGUAGGUUUUUCACAAUAACACCUAGCAGGUUAAAUUACAUAUAGUAAAAUUUAUUUUUUUAACAAAUGAAAUCAUGUUUAAAAAAAAAAAAGCGUAUGCCACAUGUCUUACAAAACUUAGGCUCUUUUAUAUAGCUGCAAAAGAAAAGUUUCUAUGUGUACAGAUUUAACCAUAACUAACACUACUAUGUUCAGUAUUCAGUUUGAAGCAUGGAAAGAGGGCACUUUUUCUAAGCUAGACAAAAAUGCAUAGUGAGCAAGAACCAUUCUUCUGAGGCCAAGGGAAAGUAGUCCUCUUUCUCGAAUUGAGAAACCUUGAUGUGUAACAUGCCUUUUUCCCCAGUGAAACUAUGUGAGGCAGUGGGAGAUCGAGAUGGAGGGUCUAACUUGGUAAAAUUCUGAAGUGAAUUGUUGCACUCUUAUGGCUCGUCUCUUCUGGAAUGGUUCUUUCGUUUGCAUGGGACUCUUGCAGAUGUGUGUGGACUUGCUUCCUGUGGUUAGUGUGUACAAACAGCACACAUGCAUAUGUUCUGGAUCAGCUCAGACGAGCUACAACCAAGUCCUCUAUGUUGCAGCUGUCAAGGGAGGGGGAUUCAUGCUCAGCUGUUAACUGCCAUGUGUUAUGCACGUUUGUGUGUAAUUUCACAGCCUGCCAUGGUGCCUGGCAGCACCAGCAUCCAGAAAGACAUUUCUUAUGUUCAUUCCCUUCCUGCAAUCACCUGUCUCCUUCUUCUCAAAAAAAAAAAAAAAAAAAAAGUUUGCUUUAUCAUAAUGGCACUGCUGUGUUUUUGGCAUAAACUGUCAAUUAAAUUUGACAUUUUAGUGGAUAUCAAGGCCUAUAGAUAAUUCCAAUGUCUCAUUUUGUGGCUUUCUUUUCAAAAAAAAAAAAAAGCCUUUUGUUGUAUGCCGUUUUAUACGGUCUCUUGAAUGUGAUUUCACAGCUGUUAACACACGAUGUAAUACAGGGGAUAACAGUUAUCAGCCUUUUUAAUUUUACUUACAGAAAACACAUUUUUGACUGAGUUAUCUUUGGGCCUUUAUAAAAGCUGUGUUUUUUUUCUUUGGUACAUUGUUACCUCAUUUUGCUACUUGUGUUUCAGAUUUGCUAAUGAUUCUGAAAGCUUAUGGGUUUUGUUGGAAUCAUAUUUUGUCAAGUGUUUUCUUUAAAUCAUACUCUAUUGUAUCAUUUAAUGUGUAGUUUUAAAUGUAUUAUAAAUAUCUGUAACCAAAUCAUUUGAAGGCUUGAUAAAUUUUUAACAAAAUUUGUACAUUUUUUAUGAGAGUUACUAGUAAUGCUUUACUAGGUAGUGCAAUGAAUUUUUAUUUUUAAUCCCUGUGCCCAAUUUUGGAGUUGAGAGAGUUGUUCAGUAAUAAAUGUAUGAUGUACAC